AUGCACUUCAGGUCUUUCAGGUUCCGCUACACAUCUGGCGAUAAGAAGAAAUCUUCCUCAUCCUCUUCAGAAUUUGAACCUGAGCUUGAACCCAUCUCUCCUCCCGACCCAUUUCUUCCGCACAAACCCCUUCCGCCAACCUCUAUCGCGAAUAUCGUGCUGGACCCGGGGAAUCUCACUGCGUUAUACCAAACAGCUAGCACUCCUAACACCCCCAACACCCCCAACACCUCCGAUACAGCGUCGAGCUCAGACGCCUCAAAUCCAAUAACUGAUACCACAAGUUUGGGAUCUGGACUCGGGAGCGAUCCCUCUCCGUCUAGUCCUCAUAAUCAACCUAAGAAGUCGAUAUCGGAUCUAGUGUUUAAUACUACGACGUCGUCGGCUCUGUAUGAUACGAGAGAGGCUGAGCGGAACGUCGCUGCUGUAGAGUCUGAGCGCUCAUUUGGGAAAGACGGCGCACCAGAGCGACGAUAG